AUGAAGAGAGACAGUUUGAAUGGAGGAGAAGUGGAGGAGGAGAUGAUGGGGAGAUGGCCAUCAAAGGAACAGAAGCUGCCUUUUCUGUCGUUAAAUCAUGUAUCCUUCGUUUGCAAAUCCGUUAGCAGAUCCGUUAGAUUCUACGAGGAUGUAUUGGGUUUCGUCCUCAUCAAACGCCCUUCUUCCUUCGACUUUGAAGGAGCUUGGUUGUUCAACCAUGGAAUUGGCAUCCACUUGCUCGAAGCGGACAAUAUUCCGACGAAGAAUGGCGUAAUUAAUCCAAAAAACAACCACAUUUCCUUCCAAUGCUCGGACGUGGAACUCAUAAUGCAGAAUUUGAGAGAGAUGAAGAUCGAGUACGUGACGGCGGUGGUGAAGGAAGGUGGCGUGACGGUGGAUCAGCUCUUCUUCCACGACCCAGAUGGAUACAUGAUUGAAAUCUGCAACUGCCAAAACCUCCCUCCUCUUCCACUCUAUUCAUGCCCAGUACUCAACAACUCACCUACUCCCAAUAUCAACCAAACAACUUCCUCCUUCUAUGAGAAGCUACGGUUAAAGAUGCAGUGCUCAGGAGAAAUGGAGGCUGUGAUGAUGGAGAACUUGGUAGUGGACAUGAUGGACAUUUCAUUUUGA